UUACACUCCCCAAAGAAAUGUCUGAAACUCAAAUUUUAUUAAGAACUGCCGCCAUUAUACGAAAUGCAAUGGAUUCGUUUGAACCAAAGAGUGGAUUUCCAACAACAGAUAAUAUCAAUAGGAAUGAGUUUCAGAAUGAGGUUCCAAAUAUUUUACAUCUAUUCGUGUCAUGGCAUAUUGAUGCAAAGUUAUUUGAAGAGGCUGAAUAUGGGAAAACAAGUCAAUUAGCAGCGAUUCCAAGCAAUAUUAUAUUGGGGCUUUUCGACAAGUCUCAUAGAAGAAAUUCGUUUCAUGUCGGUCUGGGUUUGCAUCUGUAUCACCACAUUCCAAGCAAACACAUUUUAGAUACGCUUUCCUCACUUGGACUUACUUGUUCAUAUAACGAAGUCCGUCAAGUAACAACUUCGUUAGCCAAACAAGAAAUUGAUGACAGGGGAAAUGUAUAUGUACCCAAAUGUCUAGGACAAGUUUCGAAUGAGAAGAAUAAUUACAUUCGAGCAAGUAUUGAUAAUUUUGACUUGAACGAAGAAACUCUCGAUGGAAAACGUACAACACAUGCAACGGCUAUGGUUGUUUUUCAAGAAAAACAGUUUUCACAACCAAUAAGAGAAAUCUAA